AGGGUCUGAUCUGAGUUUGGCGGGAAGCGCGCAGCUAGAGCACCAAGCCCCUCCCAGCCUGGGCGGGGGAACGAAAGAGCCGCCCAGCCCGGGAUCCUUGUUUCCUGCCCGCCGUGCGAGGGGAGGGAGCAAAGGGCUCAGCAGGGGCGUACCCAGGAAGUACCGCACUCAGGCCGGGGGGCUGCUGCUGCUGCUGGUGCUGAUCAUGUCGGCUAGAAACCCGGGCACAGAGCUGGACCUUGGCUCGAUCUCAAGAGUGCAAGUGAAUCAACCCGCAGUUAUAAGGCAUGCAGAACAAAUUCAGUCACGAAGAACUGUGAAAAAGGAUUGGCAAGCUGCUUGGCUACUGAGAGCUGUCACCUGCAUAGACCUCACCACCCUUUCAGGUGAUGACACCCCUUCAAACAUUCACAGGCUUUGUUACAAAGCCAAGCAUCCAAUCAGAGAAGAUCUUUUGAGAGCCAUGAAUAUGCAUGAUAAAGGUAUUACUACAGCGGCUGUCUGUGUAUAUCCAGCUAGAGUAGCUGAUGCUGUUAAAGCACUCAAGGCUGCUGGUUGUAACAUACCAGUAGCUUCAGUGGCAACUGGGUUUCCAGCUGCACAGACUUCACUGAAAAACCGAUUAGAAGAGAUUAGGAUAGCAGUGGAAGAUGGUGCCAGAGAGAUCGACAUUGUAAUUAACAGAACCCUUGUGCUGACUGGCCAGUGGGAAGGCCUCUAUGAAGAGAUCCGUCAGUUUCGUCAGGCCUGUGGAGAUGCUCACAUGAAAACAAUCUUGGCAACAGGAGAGCUGGGAUCACUUACCAAUGUCUACAAAGCCAGCAUGGUAGCGAUGAUGGCAGGUUCUGAUUUUAUUAAGACCUCUACAGGAAAAGAAGCAGUUAAUGCCACCCUUCCAGUAGGCAUAGUCAUGGUGCGAGCCGUUAGAGAUUUCUACUGGAAAACUGGCAACAAGGUUGGAUUUAAACCUGCCGGAGGCAUUCGUACUGCAAAGGACGCUCUUACCUGGCUUAUAUUGAUGAAGGAGGAGCUAGGAGAUGAAUGGCUGAAAUCAGACCUCUUUCGUCUAGGUGCCAGUACUUUGCUGUCUGAUAUCGAGAGACAGUUGUGUAUGAUACCAUUCAUGGGCGGCAGAUUUACCAUCAUGUGACUGGCAGAUAUGCAGCUUACCAUGACCUGCCAAUGGCUUAGCCAUAUGAAUAAUUCAGGAUGACGUUUAUAAAGAGAAUUUUAAGAAAAUAAUGUCCUAAAGUCUUUCCUGCAACGGAGUCCAAAAGUGCAUAUAAAAGAACCAAUUAUCUGUCUUCAUAUUUUUGUUGUAUUUAAAAAUAUGUUCAAGUCUAGUCAGUGGUGCUUGAGCCAAAAUGGGGGGAUUUGGAGGGGUGGAAAGUAAAUCUGAAAUAGUUAGUAAAGAUUUGCAGUAUUAAUAACAUAAAGUCUUCCUCAGACCAGCCUGAAAAGCAUAUCAGUGGCAAUGAUAACAUUGUAAUACUUUGAAAAAGUUUUAAAUCGCCUAGUAAUGCUUUCCAGGAGCCGAAUAUGAAGUAUCUGUGGAAUGCUACAGAUCUCUAAUUACUUUCAAGAGCUACAGAUUUUGCAGGUUUUUUCCAUGUCAGUUAGGCUGCAGCUUUAGCCAUAGACAUGUUGCUCUAUUAAUUGUUACUUAAAUUAUAUUUCAGACACUAUAAUCGGAGACAAUGAAACUUGGCUAUUUUUUUAAAAUAAAGUGCCAUUGUAGCUAAAGCCAAAUUUUUCAAACUUGAGUAGUUAUAGUUAGGUAUCUACAUCCCUGAUUUCCAGAACAGCUAAGCAGCCACUGUUGCUACUGAUGUUAAUGAGAUCAGAACCACUGAAAAUCAGGGAAUCCGUAUCUCGAUGCCUAAAUAUACAUUCAGGUGCCUAUCUUUAGACACUCAAGUUUGAAAAUUUCAGCCUAACUUGCUUGGCAAAAACCUAAUUUUUAAACACGUUCAUGCAGAACUUUGCAUUUUGAUGUACAGGUUCAGAGUGUCAGUUUCUGAAUGUUGCUGCUGUACAAGAACUUACAGGCUGAGUUUUCGACUUUGUCUAAAAACAACUUACUUUUGACAUUUUUUAAAUGUAUAUGUAAAAAGAUAAGUUAUUUGAGAGGUAACCUAUACACAGGGCUGCUCCCUGUCUUUUACACGUUGGGUAAAGUAGUGUUUAUACUUACAGCACUGUAACAAUAAUACCCAACUCACUACCCAUCUGCUGAUCAAACUUCAGUGAGUUGAAUGUACUGUGUCAUCACUACAUUCUUCUUGGUAACUAGAAAUAUGGUAAAUCUUGAUUAUCUCAUUGCUGUAACUAGUCCCACUGACUUCAGCGGGACUAAUCGUGUGAUUAAGGUGGGAGGGAUUUAGCCACAUAUCAAACUGCUAGUUUCAAGGAGAUUCUUGUAAUGUAAAAAUCAAGAUUUGGUUUAUUUAAUAUUGAAGUUCUACCAGCGUUCCAGUGCUUUAAAGUAGCGUACUGUACUAUUAGACAAAUGGAUAAGCUGAACAGCAGGAAAAAUGGAGUACAGCAUUUGCAGAGAAUAUAAUCCUAUAUGCAAUACUUGGUACUAGAAAAUGUGUUUUAAGAUGAUUUCCUAGCAGGCAAUAGACUCCUAGUGCCUCUGACCUUUUCUGGUUUUCUCCUGCACCACACAAGAAUCAGCCUCUUAGACUGAGCUGUGUAACCAUAUUCUUUUUCAAAAUGAAGGUGGUGCUUUUUAUCACAGAGCUUCUCUCUGACUUCAUUGCAAGCCUUUAUGAAGGAAAAUUCCAGUUCUUGGGUAGAAUAACUUUGUGGCAAAAUUCUGCUCCUGUGCCUGAGCACCCAUGCUGUGGCGGAAGGCAAAGGUAUGGCCCAAUGCAGCCACUUCACAUGGAAUAGGUGGCAGGCUAGUAUCACUUGCUGUUGUUAAGGGCUUGUCUACAUUACCCCCUGGAUCAACCGCCGAGCGCUCUCCCAUCAACUCCAGUACUCUACCAGGGCGAGAGGCGCAGGCGGAGUCGACGGGAGAGCGCCAACCAUUGACUUACC